GGUGGUGGUUAUUACUGCAGUGCAGUCCAGUACUACAUUGUGUGAGCUACUGCAGCUUACUUUACUCAAAUUGAACAUCUCAUUACUUAGCAGGCAUUGUCUGAUGCCAUCGCCAGACUGGGAGGACUGGCUUACUGAAGAUGCUCUUGAUAUUGAUUUUCUUGAGCAAGUUGAAGCUCAGCACCUGACAAGCUCCAAUAAAAAUGAGGCCGGCAAUGCAGCAACAAGAGGACUUGUCACAUUUGAGUGCUCUGGGGCUGCUCUCCUCAAUCAGAAAGUUGGUGUUGAAGGCAGUAUAGUGCAGAGCGGAGCUCUGUCUGCUGUGAUACAUGGACAAUCCUUGUGUACCUGGAAGGAGCUUUGCAGCAGCAGCAAUGCUGUCACUCAAGAUGUGCCUGUGGUCUUUCAAUUACCUUGUUCUCCAGACAUGCUACUUUUCAACAGGGAUCACUUCAUUAAUGGAGUCAGGCAAAGCAUCAAUGUCUUGGAACAACAAUGCAAUAAGGUAUCUACUCUUGGCCUGCCUCAGUUGGGUAGCACAAUGUGGACUACUGCAGAGCAGCUGCGGCAGCAAGUUGUUAUGCUGUACAACUGCCUCUGGUGCUUCCUUGAUGAUAACAUAAAGACUAGUUUGAAUGAUUCCAAUCAGGUUGCUUGUAAGUCAGUAUGUGCAGAUGUGAUUGGGGAUAUCUUAGAUCUUCUAAACUAUAUUGGUCCAUUGUCUGAGUUGAAUCAACAUGUCACCUCAGCUGUGUCCCCUUUGGGCAACCAGUGUCCAUCGGCUGCGUAUCAUCUGUUCCACCUGCACCUGGACAUAAGAUGGUGGAGCCUGGCCAUAAUAUACAUGCUGGAGACACGUUUAGGCUCGUUGCCUGUUCCUCCAAGUCACCCAUACUGUUCCGGUCCACCUCUACUGAGGGAGCCGCUCACAGUGAUGGCUUCUAGUAACACUGCACACGAGGCUCAAUCCAUGAUGGCUAGUGGCUUAAGUGACAGUGAUGGUCACUUCACUCAGUGCGUUGUCUUUAUCCUCUGGGACCUGAUGACGCUUAUGGCACGGCAAGUUUCCAAGGCCUCUUUAAGCAUGCCUGCUGAGGAUGGAAGACAGGGAGCAGGUUUACCCUGCAGCUGCAGCCAUGAAGUUGCGCUCACGGUACUUCUAUUGUCACAACAACACCACCAGGACCUAGGCACUUCGUCAUUUUGGGACCUGCUUCGACCACGGCUUCUCUUCCUCUCACGUCAAGUGCAAGAUUCCGUUUUGAACCUCGGUGCUCAGUCUUCCUCGUUACCUCAGCUUCCUCCAGCCGAGCUCAAAGGCAUUCAUCCUGCUCUUCCUUUUGAGAUCUUGCUAACAUUUGCUAAAUGUUUAUGCUUCAACGAGCACGGGCAUGCCAUCCCUUCUAAAGAUCCUCGUAUGGUCACUGGCGCGCAGCUGUUAAUGGAGCUGCUGAAUCAUCUGUUGACGGAGCGUCCUACAAGACAUCAGUUAUCAAGCAGCAGCAGCGGCAACAGCAGCGGAGGUAGCGCGUCUGUUGCUGCAGGCAGCAGCACCACAGCUCCUGUCAAGUCCAGUUUACCUGAGGAGUCUAUGCGUCGCGUCAUGCGGUGUUGCGUGCAUCUUACAUCGAUGUGGGUGGCUGAGCCCCGCUGCCUCCAGGUGGCAAUGCUCGUGUGGGAGAAAUAUUUUGCAAGAAACCUUGACAGCUCCUUCCUCCUCACGGGGGCUAAUUCUAUGCACGGACUUGCGUGUGUCAGUUCCCAAGCUCGCGAGUGGGUCGUGGCCGCUAGACAGCGCAGCAGCGAUCCCACGCAGCUGUCUUCCAAUGAGUCCUCCUGGAACAUCUUCCUCAGAAUUGUUGGCGAGUGUUAA